AUGUGGCUAGAGCACCCUAACCUUGCAAAAGCCAUUGAGAAGUGGUGGUCUAUUGAGGUCAAAGGUACAACUAUGUAUAGAAUUGCUAAGAAACUUAGAAAUGUAAAGGACAACAUGAAGAAUUGGGAUAAGGAGGUUUUCAGUGACCUGUUUGCUACCAAAACUAAAACUCAGAUGGAUCUCAAGGAAAUGCAAGAUAAAAUUCAAAGUAGCGAAUACAAGGAAGUCUCAAUCAAUGAGGAAAAUGAAGUUCUAAUGAAUUACCAUAAGAUUAUCAGAAGAGAGGAAGAAUUCUGGAAACAAAGAUCUAGAUCCCUAUGUCUUAAAGCAGGGGAUAGAAAUACUAGAUUCUUCCAUAUGACUGCGUUGAAACACAAAGCAACUAACAAAAUAUCUAAGUUAAAAAAUGAGGAAAAUGAAAUUAGGAAGGAUGAGGAGAUUGGGAAGGAAGCCAAGAAUUUCUUUACCUCUAUGCUCUCGACGGACCAUGGAUUGAAUGGUCAAUUUCAUAACACUAUCAUUGAAUUCAUCCCUCCUAUCAUUGGCAAGGAGCAGAACAAGGAUCUUGUGGCUAUCCCCUCUGAGGAAGAAGUUGGGAAAGCUGUCUUUUCUUUUGAUGGGAACAAGGCCCUGGGCCCAAAUGGCUUUCCACUUUUCUUCUUUCAAACUUUCUAG